AUGACGAUGAUGAUGGCAAAGCUACAACUCAGCCCCUGUUGAAAAAAGACAAGAGGAGUCCGACUGUACCACUGAAUGUGUCUGACCAGAGGCUGCUGGAGGCCAGCCAGCAGUUCCAGAGGAAACAAGGGAAGGGCACAGUUGAUGUGUGGUGGCUGUUUGAUGAUGGAGGUCUGACCCUGCUGAUCCCCUACUUGCUCACCAACAAGAAGAGGUGGAAGGACUGCAAGAUCCGUGUCUUCAUUGGGGGCAAGAUCAACAGGAUCGAUCACGACCGCCGAGCGAUGGCCACUCUCCUGAGCAAGUUCCGGAUAGACUUCUCAGACAUCACCGUGCUGGGAGACAUCAACACCAAGCCCAAGAAGGAGCACAUGGUGGCCUUUGAGGAGAUGAUUGAGCCGUAUCGGCUGAAGGAAGACGACAUGGAGCAGGAGGCUGCUGAGAGGCUAAAGAACAGUGAACCCUGGAGGAUCACCGACAACGAGUUGGAGCUGUACCGCGCCAAGACUAAUCGUCAGAUCAGACUCAACGAGCUGCUGAAGGAGCACUCGAGCACAGCCAACCUCAUUGUCAUGAGCCUGCCCUUGGCCAGGAAGGGCGCAGUGUCCAGCGCUCUCUACAUGGCGUGGCUGGAGGCACUGUCCAAGGACCUGCCGCCCAUCCUCCUGGUGCGCGGCAACCACCAGAGUGUCCUCACCUUCUACUCCUAAACACACACACAGAAGAAAAUCAAGUUUUUAAGUAUCACAUCCCGUUCUGCCUCUGGGAGCAGACACACACACACACACACAUCCCAGUUUCAGUCCACACCUAAAGGUGCACCACAUCAUACACUUCAGAGAUGGUAAAAACACAACGCUGGCAAAAUGAAUAGAGAUGAAGGAAGACAUAUUGGUUGAGAUGAUUAAUUGCUCUACAAGUGAUGGAGAACAACAGGGUUGGGGUGGGUGGAGGUUGUGAGGUUGCCCACUCUGCUCCUCUCUGUCUGUUUAUUUCAAGAUGUCUGGAUUUCUCUCUUGUAGCUCUAGAUUCUUUUUGUCAAUGUUAAUUUCUCUCAGGCUCUAGAUGCACAAUGUUCACGUUGUUGUUGUCAUGAUAUGGAAUCUCUUGAUGUCAUACUGAAGAAAAGAAAUUAAUUGGACCAGUUGUUGCAUUAGAGAUGCAGCAAUAAUCAUCCUGUUGUUUUCCUUAAAUACUGGGAGAGAACCAUGCAGAAUGCUUUGCAACACCUCCUGGAGCCUUAUGGAUGUGCCUUCCAGUUAAAUCAGAUGAAAUAAUUCUAAUCUCUAUCCAGAUUGACAAUAUAACCUAUAAUGUUAGUGGAUAAUAGUUAGUUUUACUGAGUUUUUAAUGUGAUUCCUUCUAGUUGGAGCAUUGUAUUUAUGCGAGUGGAUUGCAUGAGUUUACCGGAGGGUGUCCACUCGAUUGCAUAAAGACUUUCUCUGUCACUUCUCUCUAUUUUACACUAAUCAACAUGUUUAUUUUGGCUCAUAGCAUUUUCAUUUUUUAUUCACUUUUGGGUCUUCCUUUGUAAAGCUGUUGAAUAUUUAUGAAAUCCUCAGCUACACAAUUUCUCUUUUAGGCAUAGUGCCUAAAAAUGUACAUGGGUCUUAAAUUUAAGAUCUCCUUUUUUUCUUUGUCAGAAAAUAUGUGAAUCUAGUUUUUCAUUAGCCUUCUCAGGUGGAAAGGCUAACUCUCCUAUGUAGAUGCUGACUGACUAAAUAGUUUCUUUCACAAGUUUUUGUAUUUCUGUGUUCACAUGUAUGGUUCUUCCCCUGUGAAGAAAUCGCUCUACCCAACAAGCUAAUACCUUGCCUUAAUUCUAGAACUAACAAUAGUCAUGAAUUCCCUUUCUCUUAUAAGCCAUAGUGGCUGGAUGGUGUGUGGGUAAAUUCAGAUAGCAAUCCAUUAGUAAUGUUAGGAGAAAGUGUUUGAGCACAGUUGUCUUCUGUAUUGUAUGUGCAUCUUAAUUUUCUUCCCAUAGUGCACCUGCAUUAGUCUGUUACGUUGCUUACUCUAGGCCUGUGAGCUGCUACUGAAGUGGUCAGUUAACAGAUAGCACCAUGUUCCACUUUAGUUUUGCACUCAUGCACGCCUGUCUGGCUGUAUGAUGGACUGCUGGUCUCCCAUUCCCACAAAGCCUUGAUGGGCACAGAGAAUGAAUGACAUGCAAGCUUCACACUGGAUGACUUGCUGGCAGGAAGAAUGUGACGAUAGAAUGUGUCAAGGCUGAGUAAAGAAAUACCUCUAUGCAUAAGAGCUUGUGUUGUGUAAGUGCUUGUAAUAAAAAUCCAUUGCUACUUCACGUGAAAGGAUCCACUCACCUCAGUUCAUUUAAGGAGCACUUUGGGCAAGUCUCUUUCCUUUAAUCCAGUCCUUUCCUUCAACAACACUGGCCUGUAGCCUGUAGACACAGAGUGUAAAACAGGUCACAUGUAUUUCCUGCUCUACCAGGGUCAUAGGGAAUAUUCAUGUGGCCACAGAGUGCAGAUUAUUUUCAGAUAACCACACAGCUCUGCACACAACUAUCCUAAAUUAAAACUGCUUUCUGCUGUUAGAAGGUAUAACAGCUACUGUUGGAGAGGUAAAGUUACAUUUAUUUCGACGUGAAUUCAGAUUCAAUGCAAAGUGAAUGUCAAGUGAAGUGGCACCAUUGUUCAGGAAAUCAAGGUAAAGAUGCAAAUGCAAGUAGAUGCAAAUUCUCUCUGUGCAGUGCAAAGUGAGGCAAAGAUGCACCUGCAUUAGUUCAAGGAAAAAGAAAUCCUGCUUAUCCUGGAUCCUGAGUGACGACAGGAAAAAAGAAAAGAAAAACUUUACUAAAAUAAAGGACGACCUGGAAGUUACAGCAUAAAAGUAUUUAUACUGACUGCUGGAACACAAUAACAUGAAAUGAACACAGAUAACACAACAUAAACACAAAUCAAGGUUGGCGUAAGUGCUGCUAACAUAAACAUUGUAUUUGAGUUACUGGCCUGAAAAAUGAAUGGUGGAUAACCACAGGGGCUAUGGUGAAAGUAGGAUAAUGUUUUGUCAGCUGAACAGUUCAUCAAAAAAUAACUGAGCAUCUCUGUGGAUUAAGCUGUAUUUCUACCGUUUGUGUCAGUAGUUAACAAGAAAGUGAACCUGGACCUACACUGCAACACAGUUCAGAACAAAAGGUCUGUUAUGGCCACUGGGGAUCAUUGAUACAGAUCAGAAACUGCCACAAAACUAAUAGAAUAAAACAGGGUUCUCUUUAUUUGGAUGUAUUUGGCUUUUCUAUCUGUUUCCCCCAGAAACAAGCAGUUUGAGCAUUUAGCUAGUUACGCUCAUGUAUUCUGUCUUUUACUGUAUGCAAUUUCAAAAGAGGAAUGUGACACGAAGCUUAGGUUAGUUGAAUGUACUGUAUAAUAAUGAACACUAUGACUAGUAAGUAGCAUACAUAGUCUCCUUUCAUUCAUCUCUUGUAUAUGAACUGUUUCCUACAUAGACUGUAGUUAGUCAGGUUCACUGAGCUGUUAGGAUUCAUACAGUUACACCCCAUUACUCAUCACUGUGUUGAUGAGUUCAUAUAUACAUUCAGUACAUAUUAACUAUAUACUGUACACACUCAUGCUCAGCAGUAUAUUGACCCUGAGUACUUUCCAAGUAUGUGAGGAACCUUUUUAAACUUUGAAGGCACAGUCAAAGACCAUACCUGGUUCAGUUACAGCAAACAAAAGUGCCCCUCCUCCCACCAAAGCCAAAAUGUCUUUGCAGCAGUUAGUGUUUAUGAGGUCAGAUCAGGUUUGGACCCAAUCUGGGUUGGACUGGCAAAAUUAAUGUUUCAAAAGAAGAGACCAAGUCCAAAAUAGCCCAGAGCACAAUUAAACCUGAUCCAAAAUGUGAUCAACCUAAAGAGACCCAGAGUUUAUAGAGUCCUUUCACAUCCAUUCGUCCCUACCCAUUCCUUUUGACCUGGGUUGUGAAUAGUGUUACAAAGAGCACACUAAAAGUCCAAAUUUCUACCUCUGCUGCUUCAGCCAUUAGUCUCACCCAAAUUUACAACAGGAAAUCACUGCAGUGCCACUUUAAUUAGCAGUUGUAUUCCCAUGUGACAGUUUGCAAGUCAGUUUGUCAACAGUGUUACUUCUUAUUAGUACAAAGUAGUAGAGUAUGUUGUUUUCUUUUAUUCUACUUGCUAAAUCAAUAGGAUAUGUCACUUCAUAUAUAUAUAGCACAUGCUGUACAUACUGUCAGAUUUGUUCUCAAUAUGCAUUUAGGACUGAAAAGGUUUUUAAAUAUCCAUGAGCUAGAAAGAGAUUCAGACAUCUGGGGGCACUAUUGUGAACUAUAACAAAAUCAGGGAGUCUUUAAGUCUGGUCAUUGUUCUGCUGUGAAGCACUCACUCUCCCCUGCUGUUACAGAGCAACAUUACAAACAAGAACACGGGUUACUCUAUAUUUGUAUAUCAAAAAAAAAAAAAAAAAAAAUCUGUCUCUGUCUCUCUCUUUAUAUAUAUAUAUAUAUAUAUAUAUAUAUAUAUAUAUAUAUAUAUAUAUAUAUAUAUAUAUAUAUAUACAUACAUACAUACACACACACACACACACACACACACACACACACACACACACACAAACACACAUACAUACAUACAUAUAUAUGCCUAUCUAUACACAUAUAUAAAUAUAUCAGUCCGACCUGGAGGGGCUCCUUGUCUUUGAUAUGUCACAUUAAAUGAAACAAAAGACCUCCUGUCAACAUUUUACAACCAAAUAAUAGUGUUAGUGUGUCUCGUUUUCUUGAUUUCUGUCCUGUUAGAUAGAUUAGAUAGAGCCUGUCUGAUAAUAUACUGUGUUCUCUGAAGAAACCAAAUGUCACCUGUACUCAUACAGCAAUCAGCAGUGUCAGCCACCAUGUCAUUUGACAUCUCCUAAUCACUGUAUGUAUUUUUUUGCCAAAGGCCCCAUUCCUCUCCAGUCCCCAUCUGUCAUGUGUUGAGCCAUGAUGAUGGAUAAUAGUGUAACAGAAAUCAUUAACUGGUCUUAAUAUCUCAUGGUGGCGGACCUCUUGUCCACACUGCAAAUUUAAAACUAACCUGUAAAUAAACUUUGUAGUCUGAUGACAUAAAUUAAGGGAGUGGAAAAAUUAUGUCAAAUUUCAACAUGGAGAAAGAUAUUUAUUUUAAAUUAGACUUUUCUCUGCUUUUUUUCUUUUCUGUCUUUAAUAUUUUGGUUUUAGUUGUAAGUUGAUUUGCAUGUUGAUUUUUUGUUUCCUCUGUUGUUUUGUUGCCUUUUGAUUUUAGCAGAUUGUGUAUUUUUCUCUUUUUGAGUCUGUACCUAUCUUUUCAAUGCCUUUUGAAGACAAGACAUGUUGACAAAAGCAGAUCAAACCUGCUUUCUCCUGCUUUCACACAAAUGUGGAUGGAAUCAACCUAGCUGGCUGAAGCAGUAAUGUUUUGAUACACUGUACUGUUAACAGUUACAGAUAUGCUUUUUCUAACAUUUUAACAUUUAUGAUUACCAAUACUUUGUACAUCUUUAUUGCAAUAAAUAAAUCAAAUGAAAUCAGUCAA